CGGACGAAUCUGGGGUCCUUUCGGUAGAAUGGAGGACAACGCGUGCUGAGGAUAAACAGUUCAUCUAGAUAUUUUUUAUUACGUUUUUAAAGCAAGAGCCACUCGGAAGUUCACAAUGGAAACGGUCAGUAACCCCGCCUCUGAGGGAAUUAGUACUGUGGACAGUGGAGACAACACGGACACUUUUCAAAAGGUAAAAUCGAAGAAAACUUCAAAACGUAAGCGUGAUCAGGGUGAAGUAGAAAUGGAGUCCGAAGACGCCGUGGCACCAAAGAGACCGCAAUUUCCCCCGAUAUCAGGAGACAAACUGAAGGGUGGUGCUGAUGAAAUGAGGAAAAUCCCUGUGCCGUCUCACAGAUACACACCUCUGAAGGAAAACUGGCUCAAAAUCUUCACCCCCAUUGUUGAAAACCUGCAGCUUCAAGUCCGAUUUAACCUCAAAACGAGAAACGUCGAGAUUAAGACGUGUAAAGAAACACAGGAUAUUGGCGCGCUUACGAAAGCAGCAGAUUUUGUAAAGGCCUUUAUCUUAGGAUUUCAGGUUGAGGAUGCACUUGCACUCAUCAGACUGGAUGAACUGUUUCUGGAAACCUUUGAUGUCACAGACGUUAAGCCUCUCAAAGGAGAUCACCUGUCAAGAGCUGUUGGCAGAAUAGCAGGCAAAGGAGGGAAAACAAAAUUCACCAUUGAAAAUGUCACAAAGACCAGGAUUGUCCUUGCAGACACGAAGGUUCACAUUUUGGGGUCAUUCCAGAAUAUAAAGAUGGCACGGACAGCUAUAUGCAACCUUAUAUUAGGAAGUCCACCAUCGAAGGUGUAUGGGAACAUUCGGGCAGUGGCCAGCCGGGCAGCUGAGAGAUUCUAACAAAGGGCAAGACUCUCUGGUCCUUCACCUACUGUACAGCUCAUGGACUGAAGCAUGCUCCCAAAAGUGGUGUGAAAUGUCCAGCAAAAUACCUUUUUAUACUGCUGACCGGAGUCAGUUGGUCAGCAGAGGACUUUUCUUUCACUGACUGACUGGAUCACAGAAAUGAAUAUCUCUGAAACACUCGAAAAAAUAAACCUCAUACCAAUGGAAAAAAGCAGCAGGUUGUGGAUUCAGUAAGAAAUGCGUAAUGUUUAUAUACAUCUUUAAAUAUUUAUUUCAUCUUAUACAGUACCAAGUCCAAGGAAUCCCACAGUAGGCAACAUGAUGCAGCAUGCAGAGUAGACAUCCCCAACUGGAAACAUGAUGAUUCUCGAUGUCGACUCGGGAAUGAAACACCCUUUCUCCCAUUCCAUCAACAUAAACUUGGAGUAAAAUUAGUUUGAAAGCAAUUUAAAAAUACACUUUAUAAGGUAUCCUUGACUGGAUAUAAAGAUGUUUACACACCAUACAUCAUUUCACAGCAACUUAAUAUUCAGGAAAAAAAAGAGAAAGAGAUUAUAUGUGUAUAUAUAUAUUUUUUUACUUUUUAUAAGAACACCGAUUGUGCUGAGGUUUUUCUAAACUUUGGCGACAUCCAUAAUUAUUAUAGUUGACAUUUAAUAGCACAAAUGUAAACAGUAGACGUGCCAUAAAUCGGAAACCAUGCAGAAGUGAACAUGUUCAUGCAGACGCUGGAGGAGCACCGGGAGGGGGUGGGGGAUCUGAGACCCGCUUAGUGCUGCAGGUUUGACAAGCUGGUGAAGAUGCAUAGGAAAAGUAAAGAGCAAAUCAUUUCCAGCUAUACUCUUUACUCUCGUCAUGCCAAAAUCCUAAAUGUUUCUGGGUGAAAAUACAGUACUUCAUUUAUCCAGAUGGGGGCAUGUAGUAGUCACAAAAUGCUGUGUUCUGGCUUCUGGUACAUAAGAUAUCUAGAAAUAUUUAGAAUUAAAGCAGAAGUAAUGCUGCCUGCAUUGAAACUGCGAAAACUUUUUUUUUUUUUUUUUUUUUGCAGAGGCGUCGUCAAAAUAACAAAAAACCAAACCUGAAGAAGUCACUGAUGUUUCAGUAAACAAAUACAUUAGGGGUUUUUUUUUUUUUUUGGCAUCUAAUUCUACUGGACUGUCGUGAGUUUAAAUCACAGAAUAAAGUUAAAACACAAUAAAAUUACUCUCCAGUAAUAUGAACAUUCAUAAAUAAACAAUUUAUCACGAUACAAAAAGUACUGAUUAAAUGUAAGAACAAUAGAAACAAAAAGUAUUCGCUUGAAAAACGAAGAUGAAAUCAAACCAGAUUUUCUAAUUUAUAAAAGAUCUCUGUCUGGCUUGUCGAUUGUGUGUUCUGCUUGGCACAUCAUACCCUAAUUACAUACCCUAAUGUACUGAAAUGUUAACAUUACAUCCUCCCUACUCAGAAUGCUUAAUAUACACUUGCUUAAAAAAAAAGUGACCCAAAAAUAAAUAUAAAUAAAAAAAAAAA